CCAUUGGCGGAUCUCCUGGACUGGGCCCGAAUUUUAACUUCUGAUUGGUGUUCGGACAGGAAGCGCGGCUGUGGGGCUGAAGCCCGACGCUUUGCCCUUACUUCUCUCUCUACUUUAUUCCCAAGCAGGACGUGUGUGUGUGGUGAAUGUGCGGCUCCACUGGGCUUGAACGGUGCGAUGAUAAAAGACGCCUCUGCGGUAGGCUACACACCUAUCCCAGAGCCAAAUAGCCAAGAAACAUCCUGAGGCCGUUCCUCCGUAUCCCCGUAAGCGUUUGGAGCGUAACCUGAAGUACCAUGUCCAGGCCACUAGGCGGCGGCCUGAAUGAUGUCACCCGCUUCCUCACGUCGGGGGUGGCUCCAUCUUCCCCCAGCGCCAACGCGCCGGUGUUCUCCGCCGCUGGCCAGGCCGACUGGGCGGCCAAGCGUCUGGUGUGGGUGCCGUCGGAGAAGCAUGGCUUCGAGUCGGCCAGCAUCAAAGAAGAGCGCGGCGACGAGGUGGAGGUGGAGCUGAGCGACAGCCAGAGGCUGCUGACGCUGUCCCGGGAGGAGCUGCAGCGGAUGAACCCGCCGCGCUUCAGCAAAGUGGAGGACAUGGCCGACCUCACCUGCCUCAACGAAGCCUCCGUGCUGCACAACCUGAGGGAGAGAUACUACUCAGGCUUGAUCUACACCUAUUCGGGGCUGUUCUGCGUGGUGGUGAACCCCUACAAGAACCUGCCCAUCUACACCGAGUCCAUCGUGGAGAUGUACCGGGGCAAAAAGCGCCACGAGAUGCCGCCGCACAUUUACGCCAUAUCUGAGGCGGCCUAUCGCAGCAUGCUGCAAGACCGAGAGGAUCAGUCAAUCCUGUGCACGGGCGAGUCGGGCGCCGGCAAAACGGAAAACACAAAGAAAGUCAUUCAGUAUCUGGCUCAUGUGGCGUCCUCUCACAAGGGCGUCACUCCAAGGAGCAAAGAUGCUUUGCAGAUGGACGGCUCUCGCUCCUUAACCAGGGGCACCACGUUGGUCAACAAGGGCGAGCUAGAGCGACAGCUGCUACAGGCCAACCCCAUACUGGAGGCCUUCGGCAACGCCAAAACUACCAAGAAUGACAAUUCCUCAAGAUUUGGUAAAUUCAUUCGGAUUAAUUUUGACGUGGCGGGAUAUAUUGUCGGCGCCAACAUUGAGACCUACCUCCUGGAAAAGUCCCGGGCCACCCGUCAGGCCAAAGAUGAGCGGACAUUCCACAUCUUUUACCAGAUGUUGCACGGCGCUUCUGAGACUAUGAAAUCGGACCUGCUCUUAGGAACUGCAGACGAGUACCGCUUUCUCAGCGGGGGUACCAUCUCGGUUCCCGGUCAGAGUGAUGGGGAGAACUUCACCCAGACUAUGGACUCCAUGGCCAUAAUGGGCUUCAACCCAGAGGAGCUGUUGUCCAUGCUGAAGGUGAUCUCCGCCGUGCUCCAGUUUGGGAACAUUUCCUUCACAAAGGAGAAGAACCACGAUCAGGCGUCCAUGCCCGACAACACGGCGGCUCAGAAACUCUGCCACCUGCUGGGCAUCAACGUGAUGGAGUUCACCCGGGCCAUCCUCACACCCAGGAUCAAAGUGGGUCGGGAGUACGUGCAGAAGGCCCAGACCAAAGAACAGGCUGACUUUGCCGUGGAGGCCCUGGCCAAGGCGACGUACGAGCGCCUCUUCAGGUGGCUGGUGCACAGAAUCAACCGAGCUCUGGACCGCAGGCAGAGACAGGGAGCCUCCUUCAUCGGCAUCCUGGACAUUGCCGGGUUUGAGAUCUUCCUGCUGAACUCUUUCGAGCAGCUGUGCAUCAACUACACCAACGAGAAGCUGCAGCAGCUCUUCAACCACACCAUGUUCGUCCUAGAGCAGGAGGAGUACCAGCGGGAGGGCAUCGAGUGGAAUUUCAUCGACUUUGGCCUCGAUUUGCAGCCCUGCAUCGAUCUCAUUGAAAGACCGGCCCAGCCACCCGGCGUUCUGGCCCUCUUGGAUGAAGAGUGUUGGUUCCCUCGAGCGACGGACCAGUCAUUCGUGGAAAAGGUGACCAGCCAGCAAGGCACCCAUCCCAAAUUCUUCAAAGCCAAGCAGCCACGCGGCGAAGCUGACUUCUCCAUCAUCCACUAUGCUGGAAAGGUUGACUACAAAGCCAACGACUGGUUGGUCAAGAACAUGGAUCCUCUCAACGACAACGUGGCGUCUCUCCUCCACCAGUCGUCCGACCAUUUUGUCUCCGAGUUGUGGAAGGAGGAUAUUCAAACUCUACCUCGUGUCUACUUCUUUGACUCCUACACCACAUUGCAGGCAAAUGGCUCCGACAUGGACCGCAUCAUCGGUCUGGACCAGGUAUCGUCAUCGAACGAGAGUAGCGGGCAAGUCGCGUUUGGCGCAGCGGGACUGAAGACCAAGAAGGGAAUGUUCAGGACCGUGGGCCAGCUGUACAAAGAGUCGCUGUCCAAACUGAUGACCACGCUGAAGAACACCAACCCCAACUUCCUCCGCUGCAUCAUUCCCAACCACGAGAAGAGGGCCGGCAAGCUGGCGCCACACUUAGUUCUGGACCAACUCCGAUGCAACGGCGUCCUGGAAGGGAUUCGUAUCUGCCGACAAGGCUUCCCCAACCGCAUCCCCUUCCAGGAGUUCAGACAGAGAUAUGAGAUUCUGACUCCUAACGCUAUUCCUCGCACCUUCAUGGAUGGAAAACAGGCGUCAGAACUCAUGAUCAAAGCCUUGGAGCUGGAUCCCAACCUGUUCCGGGUGGGCCAAAGCAAAGUGUUCUUCAGAGCCGGCGUGCUGGCGCACCUGGAGGAGGAGCGAGACUUGAAAAUCACAGACACCAUCAUACGCUUCCAGAGUGCAGCGAGAGGCUUCCUUGCACGCAAAGCCUUCACGAAGAAGCAGCAGCAGCUGAGCGCUCUGAGGGUGAUGCAGAGGAACUGUCAUGCUUAUCUCAUACUCAAGAACUGGCAGUGGUGGCGACUUUUCACAAAGGUGAAACCGCUGCUGCAGGUGACCCGGCAAGAUGAGGAGAUCCAGAUCAGAGAAUCAGAGCUGCUAAAAGCCAAGGAAAGACUGGUCCGAGUGGAGCAAGACUUCACCGACCUGGACAAGAAACACUCAGUGCUGUUGGAGGAGAAAGCGGUGCUGGCCGACCAGUUGCAGGCCGAGGCGGAGCUGUUCGCCGAAGCCGAGGAGAUGCGCUCCAGGCUGGCCAGUCGCAAGCAGGAGCUGGAGGACGUGCUGACCGAGCUGGAGAGCCGUUUGGAGGAGGAGGAGGAGAGGGGCGUGCAGAUGCUUAACGAGAAGAAGAAAAUGCAGCAGAAUAUUCAGGACCUUGACGAUCAACUAGAAGAGGAGGAGGCUGCUAGACAGCGCCUCUUGCUGGAGAAGGUCUCCUUAGAAACCAAAGUCAAAAGUAUGGAGAAUGACCUUCUGAGCGCAGUGGAGCAGAGAGAUCGCCUCAUCAAGGAGAAGAAGCAGCUGGAGGAACGCCUGAGCGAGGUGACCGACCACCUCACCGAGGAGGAGGAGAAGAGCAAAAGUCUGAACAAACUCAAGAACAAACAGGAGGCCGUCAUCGCCGACCUAGAAGACCGACUGAAGCGUGAGGAGCAGGCGCGCUUGGAGCAGGAAAAGUGGAAGAGGAGGAUGGAGACGGAGGCAAUAGAGGCGCAAGAGCAGCUGUCUGACCUGGGCCUCAUCUCUGGCGAGCUGAAGGGCAGUCUGACCCAGAAGGACAAAGAAAUCACCUCCCUGCAGAGCCGGUUGGAGGAGGAGGGCGCCCGCCGCUCUGAGGCCCAGCGCUCGCUGAGGGAAGCCAUGUCACAGGUGUCGGAGCUGAAGGAGGAAGUGGAGAACGAGCGAGGCAUGAGAGAGCGGGCAGAGAAACAGAGGCGGGACCUCAGCGAGGAGCUGGAGGCUUUGAGGACCGAGCUGGAGGACACCCUGGACACCACCGCCGCCCAGCAGGAGCUCCGGUCUCGUCGGGAAGUUGAGUUAAACGACCUCCAGCGCUGUGUGGAAGAUGAGACGCGCCGCCACGAGGUCCAGCUGUCUGAGCUCCGGGUCAAACACAGCGGCGCCAUAGACAAUCUGCAGGAGCAGCUGGACAACAGCAAGAGGGCGCGUCAGUCGUUGGAGAAGGCCAAGCUGGUGCUGGAGGAAGAGAAGCAGAGUUUGAGUGCAGAGCUGAAGACCCUCCAGGCCAACCGCACGGAGAGCGACCGAGGUCGUAAGCGAGCCGAAAGUCAGCUGCAGGAGCUCACCAUGCGCCUCACUCAGGCCGAGCAAGAGAAGGAGGAAAAAGAGGAGCGCAUACACAAGUUUCAGAAUGAAAUUGAGAAUCUCUCCAGCAAUCUGUCAUCCUUUGACAGCAAAUCCCUCCGUUUGUCCAAAGAAGUCGCCAGCCUGGAGAGCCAGCUUCAUGACGCACAGGAAAUCUUGCAGGAGGAGACCCGCCAGAAGUUGGCUCUGGCUACUCGGGUGCGAGCGCUGGAAGAUGAGAGGCAGGGACUGAUGGAGAGAGUGGAGGAGGAAGAGGAGAAGUCCAGGGAGCUGACUCGGCAGUUUCAGACUCAGACACAGCAGCUGUCGGAGGUGCGCAAGCAGUCGGAGGAGGUGAACACGGCGGUGGAGAGCGGCGAAGAGACCCGCAGGAAGCUCCAGCGAGAGCUGGACGCCGCCAUCCAGAGAGAGAAACAGCGAGAGGAGGAGAGGGACCGCGUGGAGAGGCAGCGGGAGCGCCUCAGGGAAGAGAUUGAGGACAUGACGGUGGCCCUGCAGCGGGAGAGGCAGAACUGCACGGCUCUGGAGAAGAGGCAGAAGAAGUUCGACCAGUGUCUGGCCGAGGAGAAGGCAGUGGGCACGCGUCUGGCAGAGGAGAAGGACCGAGCGGAAGCUGAUAGUCGAGACAAGGAGACGCGCUACCUUGCCUUGUCCAGAGCUCUUCAGGAAGCCCAGGACCAGAGGGACGAGCUGGAGAGGUCCAACAAGCAGCUUCGCCUGGAAAUGGAGCAACUCGUCAACCAGCAGGAUGACGUGGGAAAGAACGUCCACGAGCUGGAGAGGACCCGCAGGGCCCUGGAGACUGAAGCCGAGAGCCUCCGCACGCAGACGCAGGAUCUCGAGGAGGAGCUGACGGAGGCGGAGAACUCCAGGCUGAGGCUGGAGGUCACCCUGCAGGCACUCAAGGCUCAGUUUGAGAGGGAAAUCAGCAGCAGUGAAGAGAAAGGCGAGGAGAAGAGGAGAGCCCUCAGCAAGCAGGUGCGGGAGCUGGAGCUCCAGCUGGAGGAGGAGCGCAGUCAGCGCUCCCAGGCCGUGCUGACCAAAAAGCAGCUGGAAGCGGAGCUGCAGGAUUCCGAGGCUCAGGUGGAGACGUCCAGCCGCAGCAAGGAGGAGGCCGUCAAGCAUCUGCGGAAGCUGCAGAGUCAACUCAAGGAGGCGCUUCGAGAGCUGGAUGAGGCCAAGAUCACGCGGGAUGAGGUCAUCGCGCAGUCCAAAGACAACGACAAGAAAAUCCAAACACUGGAGGCUGAAGUGCUGCAGCUCACUGAGGAGCUGGCCGUAUCUGACCGGCAGAGACGACAAGCUCAGCAGGAGAGAGACGAAAUGGCCGACGACAUGGUCAACAACAGCUCCGGAAAGACGGCGCUUUUGGAAGAGAAGCGCCGCUUGGAAAUGCGAGUCAGCCAGCUGGAGGAGGAGCUGGAGGAGGAGCAGACCAAUGCUGAGCUCCUCUCAGAGAGACAAAGAAAGAUGCAGUUGCAGGUGGAGACGCUGACAGUGCAGCUGCAGGGUGAGAGGACCCUGGCCCAGAAGGCGGAGGCGGCGCGGGAGCAGCUGGAGCGGCACAACAAGGACAUGAAGACACGGCUGGAGGAACUGGAGGGAACCGUCAGGGGCAAACACCGCCUCAGCGUCGCCGCCCUGGAGGCCAAGAUUGAAUCCAUGGAGGAGCAGCUGGAACAAGAGCGACAGGAGCGCGCCAUUGCCAACAAGCUGGUGAGGAAGACGGAAAAGAAACUGAAGGAGGUCAUGAUGCAGGCGGAAGACGAGAGGAGGCACGCCGACCAGUACAGAGAGCAGCUGGACAAGUCCAUGGUGCGCUUGAGGCAGCUGAAGCGUCAGCUGGAAGAAGUGGAGGAGGAGAACUCGCGCUCCAACGCGCAGAAGAGGAAGCUGCAGCGAGAACUGGAAGAGCUGACGGAGAACAGCCAAAGCAGGAUGCGCGAGAUCACCAGCCUGCGCAACCAGCUCAGCGUCCCCGAAUGGAGACCAGAGCAACGUGCUCCAUUGCAACUGAUGAUCCGCGGACGGCGACCUCUGGUGGACGACUACUCGUUGGACAACUCGGAUUCCGAAGAGCCGCCCGCCUCGCCAACGCCCUCCCUGGGACUGCCCCGAACCCCCACCCCGUCCUCGGAGCACAGCCUGGACCCGACCCCGCCCACCUUCAACGUCAACAACGUACACCAAUGAUGUACCCGCACGCACACAUGCACACUACACUACUUUAUGAUUAGUCGAUGAAUUGCUUUGAAUUUUUUUUUUUUUACCUUAUAAGGCAACCUUGUAACAUUCUAACAUUUUAAAAGUUUCACGUUUGAAUUGGCGUAGAAAACACUAUAGCCAUGUGUAUCCCUUUCAUCAAAGGUGGGCAACCUUUCCUUAUCACGGCUCAUUGAAAUUAUGAAGGGAAAGAAUAUAUACUGUACUCCAUCAAAUAGUGGCCGCUCUUCUAAUAAAAGUCUCCCUCAAUUAGACUCCUCAAGUUUCCAUUGAUCACUAUACAGUUGCUAACCAAAAGAGCAACAACUAUUUAUGCACCUUUGAACAACAAACGCACAACAAAAAUUCAACACCUCUCUUAGCUCCUGGCCAUUCUUUUACUAUUUAUUUAUUAUUUAAUUGUUUAAGGAAUUUUCAUAUUUGCGAUGAGGGCCACAUCGGAUGCUCUGGUAUGCUCCCGUGUGGUUCACCAGCCACAGGUUGCCCACCCCUGAUGUUAAUAUGACAAAAGUUAAAAGGGCUGCUGCAGAACGACAAAUUGGACAAUCUAUUUGCAUAAGCCACAUAUUUGAUUAAAAAGUGAAUUUGACCUCAUUCUUCUCGUGGGGCAAAUGUUAUGGAAUAUGUGUUUUCAUACGCCGUGUGACUUUUUACAAGCGCCGUUUGCAUAACAAUUUACAAGCGCCAUUUGCAUAACGACUGCACUAUUUGCUAACAUUGCGAGGAAAUUAGCCAGACCGACCCGAGAACAAGUAGCUCCCAUCAAACAUGUUCUAUAAUUCCGUAGCUAGUCUAAUUUAUUCAUCUAAAACAAGCUAUUUGUAUUUUUAUCAUUUAUAUCAAGCUAAAUAUGUUAAAGCUUACUUUUACUGUGCAAAAAUUACUCUUCAAGAUUCACUGGAGAGACAUUUUUCUACCAUGUCUGUAUCUGAAGUAAAAGAACUUUUUUUUUUUUAGACUGAAAAACACGGGUGUCUUGCACAAGGUAGUCUUAAUAUUUUUUUGUUCAUUACAUUUGAGCUGUAAAUGAAAGCUGUCAUAUGGAUGAGAAAAGGGACUAAAUCUAGUAGAAUAGAAUAGAGGAGAUUUACCAUCAUCAAGCAUUGCUUUUGGAUGACUUUCCUUGGAGAUAAUACAAAUAAUGUAGGUUUAGAUACAAAUAGAGGCAGCAAGUCGUACAAGUGAAGACUUAAGUAGUUUUUAUCAACCUGGCCAAUUCCCAACACCUCUUUAUGUUCCUUUCCUGGAUAUUUGGGACACAUUUUUAUAUUUAAUACAAUAUUGGCCUGGAUUCUCAAGGCACAAGUGGAGUAUGUGUCGUAAAUGGGGGGGGUAGCAAAAAUGCAUGCUUUUGGAUAUCUUUAACUUGGAAUAAUAUCGCACUGGGCAUAUGCGAUGUGUCUCACUUGUAAUGUACAUGAAAUUUGACAGUCCAAUAAAUGGGAUGGACAUGAAAUGAAAAUUGUGGACUCGCAGUGUAAAUCCAGCCUUUGACAAAUGUGAUGACCUCUUCUGCCACACUAAGCUCAACUGGCUGCUAAACUUGAAGCUAAACGCUAAAGCAGUCUAGUUAGCAUUGUGUGGUGGGACCCGAAUACGUUCAAAUCAUAAAAUAAAAGCCUGUCUUUUGCGUUAGUCAUACUCCAAAUAGUACAAACUAGGAUUCUUUUUCAAAUGACCUCAGGAGAAUUUUGUUCCAUCGUGACAUCUGCGUGCUCCAUUUUAAGCUAUAGCAUAGCGUUAGCUAUAAAGAGGUUUCAAGAUGUAGGUGUUCAAAUGUUUCUGGAAUUGUUGUGAAUGUUUUUACUGUGGGUAAAGUACUAUAUACACUGACCCGGGUUUAUGUUUACCAAUAUGAAUGUUGCACUGGACCAGUACAGAACAAAGUUUGCGUUUUAAUCAGUGUUGACGUGCUCCCAGCCAUGCUAGGCUAGCAUUAGCCAUGAUGGGUUCACGAGUCAAAACUACCAGAUGACAAAAUAAGUGUUUUAUGCUAAGUGCUAAGCUAAAUUUAGCAACAACAGGCUCUCAAUAAAUCGCAGCUAAAAGACGGCCAAAGGAUCUUGUUUGUCGCCAAUUAAUGACUUAUUAAGGUGGUUUGACUUUCACUAUCCAAACACCUGGACCUUACUGUGUCGUACUCCAAUGAAAGAGAUUCCUAAUGUGCUUUUUGUUUUGGCAAUAUGCAAAUGAUUUGUAUUUUUACAACAUUGUGUAAUGGCUGCACAUUGCACACAAGCGAUGGGUAGAUUUGUCCACAUCAGCCUCUACUGAACAUGAACACGAGUGCGUUCACAACCGCAAACGGUGAAUGCUUGAAGACAACAAAGCUCUGUUCAUCCGUAGCAUGCUGAUUCUUAAGGUGUUUUUCAUCUGUCUCAUCUUUGUGGUUUGCUCAUGGCUAUUGUGCAACUUGAAAUAUUGCAAUUGUUUGUUAAUGAAGCUGUAUAAUACAUCUGUCCGGGGUCCACUUUUAAUAUAUGUUGUUGGUUUUCA